GUCGGACUACUACUCCCAGAAUGCUACACGCCGUCUUCACCCACUUAAAUGGCGGCCGGCGAUGGGCGAAGUGUUUGAUGAAGAGCUGGUGUUGGAGAACUCUCCUUUGUACCAAUACCUACACGAUGUGGGGCAUACAGACUUUGAAACCUGUCCAAGUUCGUCAUGGGUGGAGGAAUGCUCACCAAGUGAAUUGGAUAUCCCUGUGGUAUCAAAAAGGAGCUUCUUAUCAAAGUUUGUUGAUGUUAUUCAAAAAUGGAAUCCAUUCUCCGAAACUAAGAGAAGGAAAGAUUUGGAAUCUCUGGAUAUGGAUUUUCAACUGAGCGCUCUGAGCACCAUCCUGGAGCAGGAAGUGCUUUUGCAGGAGGAUAUGGAGCUGAUUGAACUGUUGGACCCCAGCAUCCUGCGCUCAACACAGGCCCAGCAACAGAGAGGUGGCCAUCAGCCAGCACGCUGCUUGUCCGGAACUCCCAGCAUUUGGGAUCUUUCCACAUUGGCUGCAUUUGCUAGUGUCUUCAUCGUGACCUCCAACCUGAACGAUGCUUUCGCUUGGGUCGUGGUAGGAAUGUUUGGGCUCGGUCUUUAUUUGGUUUUUAGAGGCUUUGGUUUCUGGAAGAGCGCCAGGCUUCAGCAAUCCAUGAAAAAAUACAGCAAAUGUCUCUCAAAUCUGGUGACAAAUAGCCGAGCUUUCGAUAGUCUUGUACGAAAAUCCCUGCGACAGAUUCAGGAGGUAGAGGUCAUUUCAAGAGGAUUCAUGCUGGUGACGGCUGCAUAUCCUGCAAGUAAACUAGGGAGUUCCCGGCAACAGCAAGGGCAGCAGCUAAUUGGCCUUAGGAAAGCAGUGUACAAUGCAGUGAAGUCCACCUAUCGAGCUUCUCGUCUGGCCACUUGCUACCUGCUGAAGUGCUAUCCUCUGAACGCUGAGAUUGAUAAUGUGACAAACUAUCUGUGUGCAAUCCCAUUAAGUGAACUGGGGUUGGGAUUGAAUGAGGAUGCUCUGUCUGACGAAGAGGCUCAGGAACUUACUGAUGGCUACAGUCUUGGGCCGUUAAAGAUACUCUUUCAGCUGUGUGUCGGCCAAAGCUCGGAGUUCUUCAGACGCUUGAUUUUACUAUUGUCUCCAGUUCAAACUGCGCACAAGUCUCGUGUUUCUCCUGGAAAUUUGGCGCAUCAGAUUGUCGCAGAAGUAAUCGACAGUCUUUCUCAUACUGUCACUGCUCGCCUUGAAGAGUUGAAGCGGAGCUAUGAACUGCACAGAUACUUGCAGCACCAACCUAACUUAAAAACCCCAAAGAGGACCAGCCAACAAUCAAGUAAGCUGAAGAAUAUUUAUGCUGUCGUUCGUAGUCUGCAGCUCCACCUUAAGGUGCUACUAACUGAGGUUAUUACUUUAGAAGAUCAUCUAGAGAAGCUCCAUGAAUCCAGAGAGCAGCAAGAAAUAAUGCCUGACGUGUACCAUGAUCUAGAUCAGAAACUCAAAUUGAUCAAGCCACAUGUAGAAGCAACAAUGGGCUGUUGGGAAGAGGCAGGAAAUCUGGUGUAUAAACUAGAUAACUCUUCUAGGGGGCACAAAGAUGGACCAGGUAGACUGAACAAUAAUUUGAUUCCAGCCUCACAAUCCUCAGAAAAAACAGUGGUGCAGAUCAAAGAUCAGGAUCCAGUCCCCGAAGAGCAGGAAUUUGAAGCUUACGUUGAAGAAUCUGACUCGGAUGGAGACUUCCGAAGCGGUUCCUAUUGCUGCUUGUCACCGGAAGAGCGAGAAAAGGAGAAGCGAGAGAGGGAGGAGUCCAGGAGAGUGCUUCAGGAACUGAAAAGUGUACUGGGAUUCAAGGCCUCUGAGUUGGAGAGGCAGAAGUGGAAGCAACUUCUUUUCAAUGACCAAGCUGCUCUGAAAGCCCUGCCGUCCAUGGAUGUGCCACUGCUGGUGGGAGAAGUGGUGGUGCCUGUAGACAUUGGAGCAAAUGACCUCCAGGGUUGUGAGGAGGACGUGCAGCAGAAAGACCUCGGUCAAUUAGACACCUCCCCUGAUGGCCAAGAAUGCUGCAGUGCUCUCGCAUUUGAAUCCACUGAUGCGCUUUCAAAUGAUACCACCUUUAGUAACGUUACCGGAAUGGGGGAUGCAGACGGCAGCUCGGCUCACUGCUCGGACCCCACAGACAGAAAGCAGGAACAUUCCCAAUUGCCGCUUUGUGAACAGCAGCAGACGGCUGUAAGACGGAGACUCGCGGAAAGGCAUGGACCAUCCUCCCUGCACCUGACCUCUGCUCUGGCAGUACAGGCUGCUGCCCGCUCACUCACCUUUACCUGCUUUACAGAACAAACCUUUGGAGAUGAUGAUGAUGAUGAUAGUGUUGAUGAUGAUGAUAGUGUUGAUGAAGAUGAUAACGUGAGCAAUGACCAGGGUGAGGAUGAAAGAGAAGAGCAGCACGAUGUCAGAAACUGAGAAAGGUCACAACAUGUAAAGAUACUGCAAGUUUGAGCUCUGCACUGGGUAAACAAUAAAUAUAACAUAACAUAUUUAUUUAUAAUUUUAAAGCUGGAUGAUGUGAUGCAGGAUGUACUCGAUAAAGAAACAAAGCGGGUGUAAUUUUGAUCAGCAACGUGCCUGUUCCUUGCAGUGUGGGUGUUCAUAAUGAACCCUGUGGUGAUCACUGGAUCAUUGGUACUGGACAAUGGAGUGAUUACAACAGCAGCCACUUGCAUUAAAUGCACUGGGAUGUGGUGUGAAGGAUGUGUGUCCUGGAUUCUGGUGAAGUUGGGGAGAAAUCUUUUGAAGCAAUGCAAGAGUUUAGAAUGCAGUAGGUAAUGCCUACUGAUGCACUGUCCCUCUUACCAAGUUCUACCGUUGCUGCUGAUUUCUGUGGCCAGGGAAUAAAAUACAGAGUAUUCAGUCAGCUGCUGUCCAAACAUCUCUGAAAUAGUAUGACUGUGAUUGAACCAGAUUCAUAGAACAAUGAACAAUAGCGCACAGGAGCAGGCCCUUCAGCCCACAAUGUCUGUGCCGAACAUGAUGCCAGGAUAAGGUAAUCUGGCUUGCCUGCUCAUAAUCCAUAUCUCUCCAUGCCCUGCAUGUACAUGUGCCUAUCUAAAAGCUUCUUAAAUUGCACUAACAUAUCUACCUCCACCACCACCCCUGGCAGCAUGUUACUGGCUCCCACCAACCUGUGUACAACGUUGAAAAGAUUGCCCUGCACAUCUCCUUUAAACUUUAUUGCCCCUCAACUUAAAGCUGUCCCCUCUAGCCUUUGACAUGUCCACCCUGGGGGAAAAAGGUUCUGAUUGUCUCCCUCAUCUUUAUUUUAUAUUCCUAUCGCACCUCCCCUCCUACCUUCAACAUAUCAGAGAAAACAAAGCAAACCAAGUGCCUGUUCCGCUGAGUUACUUCAUCUUGCGUCUUAACUUCAAGUCUGUUCAACCUCCCCUUAUAGCUAACACCCGUCCAUGCAGCAUUCUGGUAAACCUCUUCUGCAUCCUCUCCAAAGUGUUAGAAGCUUGAACGUGCAUACUACCAGACUCUGGAACAGCUGCUCCCCUUCUAUUAUCAGGCUACUCAAGAGUCCAAUAGUCAAGAGUGUUUUAUUGUCGUGUGUCCUAGAUAGAACAAUGAAAUCCUUACUUGCUGUAGCAUAACACAAUAUGUAAACAUAGUGCACUGUAAACAAUAUGAUAAACGAGAGAGAAAAAAAAGUUCAGUGUGUAUGUGCACACACACACACACUUA